AUGUUCAAAGUACCUUGUGCCUACUCGGGGUCCGCUAAGAACCCGACGCCAAUCUUAUCCAUCUUUAGUAACCUUAAACCCGGGUCCAUGGGUGCUCCGUCCCCCGACACCCCGGAAGAGCUGCAGUGCCAUCAAUGCACUGAGUCUUUUUCGCAAGACCAAUUUCAUCAUCUCGGGCUCGGAAAACAAUUCGAAGAGUUCCAAAACAAGACAUUCGUCAAGGCAGCCGCCCAGACGCAGCGUAAUCUGUGA